GUAAAUGUUCCUGUAACUAAUGCUUCCGAACUGUUUUGCAUUCGCUGUUUUGAAAUAGUUCAAAUCCAGUUUGUCUUUGACCUCAAGGACGAACGCGUGGUUCGAAGUUUUCAAGAGUAACUGUGAUAACUGACACAUCAAGUCUAGGGGUUAAUUUUUGUUUGUAUUCCAGACAUUAUGCUGUCAAAAGUGUGCUGUCUUGGUGCAGGUUAUGUUGGAGGUUCAACACUUUCAAUUAUAGCUCAUUACUGUCCGGAGAUUCAAGUUACUGUUGUCGAUACUUGUGAUGAACAAAUCAAGAUGUGGAACUCAGAUACGCUACCAAUAUAUGAGCCCGGAUUGGAUGAGAUUGUUAAAUUACACCGUGGAAAAAAUUUACACUUUUCUUCGGAUAUUGACAAAGCAAUAGAUGAUGCUGAAAUGAUUUUUAUCUCAGUGAAUACCCCAACAAAAAAUUGGGGCCUCGGUAAGGGUAGAGCAACUGAUCUGACUAACUUGGAGGCUGCAGCUCGACAUAUUGCUAAAGUAUCACGACAACCGAAAGUUAUAGUUGAAAAAAGUACAGUACCGGUGAAAGCAGCAGAGACUACAAGUACAAUACUUCAAUUUGAAGCUAAGUCUCGUCGUAGCCUAUCCAAUCUUACAAUAACAACUAAUGAUAAUAAGCUUAAUGAAUUUGUAGUCUUAUCGAAUCCGGAAUUUUUAGCUGAAGGUACUGCUGUCAAUGAUUUAUGUAAUCCAGAUCGUAUUUUAAUUGGUGGUGAUUCACAUUCAUCAUCUGGUAAAUUAGCAAUUGAAAUGUUACGUUGGAUAUAUUUACAUUGGGUACCAGCCGAACGUAUACUUAUUACAUCGACGUGGUCAUCAGAAUUAUCUAAAUUGGCAGCUAAUGCUUUUCUUGCUCAACGUAUUAGCAGUAUCAAUGCUAUCUCGGCUAUAUGUGAGCAAACAAAUGCUAAUAUUAAAGAAGUGUCUAAAUCAAUCGGUACAGAUCAUCGAAUUGGUCCGCAUUUUCUAAAUGCUAGUCUUGGCUUUGGUGGUAGUUGUUUUCGUAAAGAUAUUUUAAGUUUGAUGUAUAUAUCAGAGACAUUGAAUUUACCAGAAGUAGCUUCUUAUUGGUAUAGUGUACUACAAAUGAAUAAUUAUCAAAUUGAUAGAUUUACACGUAAUGUAAUUGGAAAAUUACAUAAUACAUUAAAAGGAAAACGUAUUGCAAUAUUUGGCUUCACUUUUAAAGCAGAUACAUAUGAUACAAGAGAUAGUCCUGUGAUACCAUUGUGUAAUCAGUUAUUACAAGAACAAGCUGAACUAGCAAUCUAUGAUCCUAAAGCUCAUCAUAAACAAAUUGAAUCAGACUUGUUAAUUAGUAAUAAUAAGGAUUCUUUAAGUCAAUUCGUUCACAUUUGUUCUACACCUGAAGAAGCUGUCACCAACGCCUAUGCUAUUCUAAUAUGUACAGAUUGGAAAUGUUUCCAAGAUUAUGAUUAUGCGAAAUUUUACCGUUUAAUGAUAAAACCAGCAAGAAUAUUUGAUGGACGCAUUAUAUUGAAUCAUAAAGAAUUAAGCCAAAUAGGUUUUAUUGUUGAAGCAAUCGGUAUUGCAUCAGAGAGUUUUACCAUGAAUGGUUAUGUUGACUAACAAUAGUAAACAGUAAUAAUAUAAUUAAAUAUAUUAGUUAUUAUCACUUUCAUUUAUGAUUUCACAUAAAACUGAAACCAAUUUAUCUGUAACUACACUCCAGUCUCAUUUUAUUUUGUAUUUCUGUGUAUAUGUGCUUUGUUCAAACAUAUCCAUUAACUAAAGAUAGACAAUGUAUUGUCAAUCUAUGCAAACCUAUCUUGUAUUAUUGAAAAUUGUGUUUAUACCGUCAUCUAGUGUCUACUGAAAAUUAUAAUAAUGUACUGUUUAUCCUCAGGGGCUUGAGUUGUUUUUUCGAUUUAAGAACAGUAUAAUUCUCUCAUUUUUACGUUGAAAUAAUUUCCACUGUUAGCUUAUUUAUGCAUAAUUUAUUUUUAUUACUGAUGACCUAUGAAAGCGUAGUCUUUAACAAAUGACGACAACAAACUUUUCUUACAACUUUAUUCUAAUACACAAGAACGUUUAACUUUAUUAAACAAUAUAAUAUUGGUACUACUGUGGUAUGGGAUACUGAUGUCGACAGAUAUAAGUACUAUGUAGCACCAAUCGAAAGUGAAACACAGAAGGUUAAGGAGAUUAAUGAGAACAGAGAGUGAUUAGUAUGCAAACGAAGGAAUAACAAAUUCUGAGACAAUUGAUGGAUAUUUUACAAAUGAAUUAUUCACUGUAUGGUUCUCAGAUUUUACCAAUCCAUUCUGUAAUAUUGUAUUGAAAUACACUUAUGUAUCCCCGCCUGUGUUCUCGUUCACUACACUACCACUAUUGCUAUUGCUACUAAUCAUUAUAAUCAUAAAUCGAUUCCCAAUUUUUAUAUUUAUGCACUAAGCAUCGUUACUCUUUCUUUCUUUUUUCCCUAUCAUUUGUAAUUUCUUCUGUAAACUGCUAACCAUUGCAGUCGAUAAUGACCCAGUGAUUUGUUCUCACCGAAUGGCUAUUAUUUCUACAGUUAUUUUGAUUAGUCUCGAAUUGUGUCUACUUUCGUUUACUUCUUUUCUUGUUUUCUUUUUCAUAAACCAUUCCUGUAUAUUUCAUAUAGCAAAUUAUCUAUGAAUUGGUUGUGAUAAUGUCUUAAGUAAAUACACAUUUAUUAGAAUGUACAAAUCAUAAAAAUGUUUACUUUCUUGCAAUAACAGUAGUGCUCUUUUGUUGUGUUUUGACCACUUGAAGUAAUUCUAGUGAAAUAAGCUAAAGUAUGCAUUCUUUGUAAAUUGUUUUUUUUUCAUUUUUAAAGUAGUUUGGUGUUUAUUAUGCAUCGAAUGAGAAGGUUUAUCAGUCAGUGUAGAAAAAAAAUAUUUGGACAAAUAAAUUUGAACGUUUAUACUUAUUUACCAUCAUUCUAAAUAAUAGAGAUAAGGUAGAAAUCUGAACUUGUUUACGAAAAACAUCAUUGAAAUCUUAAUCUGUAGUGAUUUCAAUAUGUUGACAACAAAAUGAUUUUUUUUGGUUUUAACUCCAUUGUCUACUUAUUUUAUUUAUUAUUUAUUUGAACACAUAAAUAUUGGUACAAGGAAGCACCAGAUACAUAUGCGCCACACAAAUCUCAUUUGAUUUGUGUGAGGGCUAUGAUACUACCCAGGUGCCCAAACUGAAACAGGUGGUUUCCUUAGCGGGUCACAGCCGGAGCUUUUGACCUAAAG